GAGCAAAAAUCGUGUGUCAAAUGCUUGUAGUAGUUGCACAAAAGGGGGAAUUUUAAAUUUUAAAAUUUUGGAGAACCUACGGAAGGAGUUUUAUUUACCUGUUUAAUUAGCUUUUUUUUUUUUUUCCCCAUUUUGACCCUCUGAAAAAAUGAAUCCACACUCUCCACAUAUUUUGCAAAAUUGAGGCUUCCACAUUGACCCAUUUUAUUUGCCGCCUUGUGGAAGAGGUCGCGCGUGGACGUAGAUGCAUGGGGGAGAAAACGGGCAGAAAUAGAAGAUCGAAAAGCUGUUCACUUCUGCUAUACCUCCUCCAACGUGAGAAGCACGAAGGAGCCUAGUUUACUUCACUCCCAGGAAAAAAAUAUGUGUUCCAAUGGAGUGUACCAAUUAAAAAAAAUCCUCCUCAAGUACAGUGAAACGGGCCAUAGCAGCAGGAAUGUUCGAUUUUUUUUAAGGUUCAUUUUACCAGAUUAUAGGGAUGAAAACAAACACUUAAAUUUUGAAAUACAACAUGAACAGUAUGAAGAGCCAAUGGCCAUAUUUGAAUAUAUAAAUAAUAGCAGGUACGAAAUAUCCUUGAAAGACAUAAAAUCGAAACAUAUUGUCGACGUCAUUAAUUUGUAUAAGGACAGCGCGGGGAAUUCUGACUAUUUGAAGCACGGGGGGCCCAGGGUGUAUUCGAACAAGAGGAGCAUCCAGGGAUUAUGGUGCCCCAGCAUAUACAGUGAACUGAAUGCCAUCGCUUAUUUAAAAAAAAAAAAAAAAAACAUUAAGCUGCCAAAGUAUACGAGAGAAAGUCUAAACUUAAAUCACGACGUGAUCAAGGGCAACGGAAGAUGGGGCAAUGAAAAUUUAUUUCCAAAAGGUUUCGAUCAGAGAUAUUUAAAGAACAUUUUUUGCUACCCCUUCAAGGACAGUGCACCAAACACGGGCGCGCAAAGUGAAGAGGGACAAACAGCUCAAGCGCAUAUGAAUUCUUUUUACAAAUUUUACAAGAAUUAG